UCGGAUUUAGAUUCCGUUUGCUGGUCGUCUCAUACGCUCCUGCGGUGAUUUUCAUUAUUCUACAAUUCCCCUCCUCGAGUCUUGUGCUCCCCACAUAACCCAACAUCGGAGCAAGUGGAAACCAUCACGAAGGUGACUGAGAAGCUGGUAUUACAAGGGCUUUUAUCGGGAAAAGUGGUUAGAAUCGCCCGUACGCUUUACAUUGGCAAGGCCAGAAUAAAUCCAACAUGUCCAGUCCGGCGCCUCCAACCCCUGGGCGCAGUUCACCUCCGGACGCUCUUCCAACUGCCACUGAGAAUGGUUCGGCUAACGCCAACUCUCAAACCGUAAGACGAACAUCUCUAGGUUUCCUUCGUCGUUCAAAGUCGACCGAACCUCUCAGCGGGGAUCGCAAAGCUUCGGGAGGAAGGAUGAGCAAAAGGAUGCAAAAGGAAAUGGCUAAAGAAGAACUGUUGCGACGACAGCGCGAAGCUGGUGCUGUCGCGAAAUAUGCCCCUCGUCUGCCAGAUUUGCCCGCUCCUCCCCAGCUGAAAACCUUUGGCGGUGAAAAUGCUCGACAGAUGAACACGACUGCUAUUCCAAACCGCGGUGGGAGUUACAUUGAUCCAAGCGCACCCGCGUCCCCAUAUUCCGGCGUAGCUGGCGGAAGAGGUAGCGAGGUUAUCGACCCGUACGCGAGAACAGAGAGCAUGACACAUCGUGGCCGAUACAGCUAUGCGAGCAGCGCAGUCAGCACUAUCAAUAGCCCACGGAGGGUGAGAAGACGCAAAGACCCAACCCCAUACAACAUUCUUGUAAUCGGUGCUCGAAAAUCUGGAAAGACUUCCUUUCUCAAUUUCUUGCGUACCUCCCUCCAGCUUCCCCCGAAGAAACGCCCUACACGAGCUCCAGAUGAAUUCGAGGAGCCCGUGCAAAUGUCAGCAGCUAAUAACAAUUUCACAUCACAUUACCUGGAGACUGAAAUUGACGGAGAGCGCGUGGGGCUUACGCUGUGGGAUUCACAGGGACUGGAGUCAAAUGUUGUUGAUCUGCAGCUUCGUGGGAUCACAUCCUUUUUAGAGAGUAAAUUCGAAGAAACCUUUAACGAAGAGAUGAAAGUAAUUCGCGCACCGGGCGUGCGUGACACUCACAUUCACUGCGCAUUCCUCAUCCUCGACCCUGCGCGACUGGAUGCCAACAUUGCCGCUGCGCAGGAAUCCGUGGAUGAUCCAGAGAAAUCUUCGAGUGUUCGUCUCAUUGGGGGCCUCGAUGAAAACCUGGAUAUCCAAGUUAUCCGUACGAUGCAAGGGAUGACUACCGUUGUCCCAAUAAUCAGCAAAGCAGAUACCAUCACCACUGGCCACAUGGCUUUCCUCAAGAAGACGGUAUGGGAAAGCCUGAAGAAGGCUGGCUUGGAUCCGCUGGAAGUCUUGACGCUUGAGGACCAGGAUGAUACGUCCUCAUCUGAUGGGUUUGACAGAUUCGAUGAGCAGGACGAGGACGAUUUGAACCAACAGGAAGACGACGACGCUCAGAUUCAAACCCAAACCGAAACGGAUGCUGAAGCUAAAAGACCAACAACUGGCCGCCGCACCCCGGACUCAGACACGGUCCCCCUAUCCCCACCCAACCCUCAGUCGCCCACAUCCCGCCAGAACAACGGCGGGAUUCGAAAAUCCUCAACUUCUGUCUCAAGCAUCAACGCGAACCUCAAUGCAAACGGGGAAUAUCCGUUCCUACCGUUAUCAAUUCUCUCUCCCGAUCCCUACUCUCUGGAAGAUAACAAUGGUCCCAUUGGCCGCAAGUUUCCCUGGGGUUUUGCUGACCCUUACAACCCUGAGCACUGCGAUUUUGUCAAGCUGAAGGACACCGUGUUUGGAGAAUGGCGCGGGGAACUCCGCGAGGCUAGUCGGGAAGUGUGGUACGAAAGAUGGAGAACUAGUCGUCUUAACAAUAACGGUAAUGGACCAAGUGGAUCCUCGAGUAAAAAUGGAGUUCGUGGUGGUUCUGGAAGGAGCGGUCGUGCCACUCGAUAA